AUGGAUGUGACAGAGAAGCCUCCUCUGUGUCUGUUUGGCGUGUUUGGCAAGUUCGAACAUUUCGUCUCUGCUUUCGGUACCUCCAUGUACAGUGUGCAUCAACAAGGGCCUGCUUCUACACUAUGCUUUCCAUGGCGCCAAUCAGUCCCUCUUUUCAAGAUUGCUGGCUACUGGUCCAAGUGA